UGAUGGUCCCUAAGGAAACUGCCGGGAAGAAUUAUUCGCUGACUUGAAUGAGAUAUACACAUUUGUUUCCAUGCCUAACAAAUACUGCACAAAUAUGAGCUCCUCUCUCUCUCUCUCUCUCUCUCUCUCUCUCUCGCUGUGUGUGUGUAUUAAAGGCUCUCAAUGCAGCAGAUUCCAACGCACACUCUAACUCCCCAUAUUAAAUAUCUAGCAGAAACUCCCUCCCCUCCUCAUCACCAUUUCCUUGCUCCGAUAUAAAGCCUUCACAUUCGCAUUCAGCCUUCCAUCUCCAUUUUUACCAGCAAAAGUCCUCUUGGGCUUCACCUUUCCUUUGUCUCUCCCUCUUGCACGGAACCGAAUAGCCAGGCAUGGAAGAAGAUGAAUGCAACGUCAGCCUUGGGCUUGCAAUAGGUGGUGGCGGGUACUCCACCUCCAACCAGAGUCGCGACGGUGGCCGGAAGCCUCCCGUUCAAUUCCACAUCCUAUUUCCCCCUCGACCGAAAGGAGAAGAGGAAGAAGAAGAGCCGACGAUAGAAGAACGACCUGCAAACAAAUCAGGAUCCAAGAACAUCGAUGAAGAGGAGGAUACCAGUACCAACGACGUGAGCGGUGGUGUCAGCUGCAACCAAGCUGGCAAGAGGAAGAAGCUCCGGCUCACCAAACAACAGCUAACGUUGCUUGAGAACAGCUUUCAAGAGCACAGCACCCUUAAUCCGCCCCGGAAGCAGGAACUGGCUGACCAAUUAAACCUCCGGCCUCGGCAAGUUGAAGUCUGGUUCCAGAAUAGAAGAGCUAGGACUAAAUCGAAGCAGACUGAGUUGGACCGUGAAUUCCUUAACAAGUGCUGUGAGAACCUAAGCAACGAGAACCAGAGGCUAAAAAGAGAGCUGGAAGAGCUGAAGUCGAUGAAGCCCGGGUGCCCGUUCUACGUCGGCAUCCCAAAGGUGGCGACACUGACCUUGUGCCCAUCCUGCGAGCGGACCAUGGCGGCUGGCGGUCAGAAAGGAAUUGGUGCUUUGGACGUCAUGAAAAGCUUGCGUGUACCUGUAAAUAAUGGACUUGUCGGCCUCUAGAACUAACAAGUGAUAGAAGGUUGCCAAGGCAUACAAGUAGGAGAUGGAAAUGGAUGAUAUAUAGGACUAAAGACGAAAGAGAACAAGAUUGGAAAAGGUCUAUUAAUUUGAUGAAAUUUGUAUUUAUAUGAGGGUUAUCUAUAUAUCUAGCUAGUUAUAUAUAAUUCAAUACAAAUACAAACUUGUUAUCAA